AUGUCGCCGUCCGGCGAGUUUCGGAAGACGGAUAACGGUUAUCGCUGCUCAUGCAUCGACCGUGAAAACGAUGGAAUUACCGGCGACGAUUCCGGUGGAUCGGAUGAUUUUCCAUGCAUUCAUUGCAAGGAUUCGAAUCGAUUCGAUCUCUCUUAUUCUUGUUGUUCGUCUGGAUCGAAAUCGGAUGACUCGGAGAAGCUCCGCAGAAUCAUCGUCGCUUUCGCUAAAGGAUUAUCCAUAGGUACCGGGAUUAAAGGUGGAUUAGCUAUUUUCAACAUCGUAUCUCGUUUCGCUCGCCGUAGAUCUUCUUCUCAAUCGAGGAAAAUCGGGGAAUUCUCAAAUAGUGAAGCUAUUGCUAUGGGGAUCAAGGAAACACUAAGAUAUGGAUUGUUUUUGGGAACUUUUGCUGGUAGUUUUGUUUCCGUUGAUGAAGCUAUUUGUGCUUUGGCAGGACAUCAAAGAACUGCGAAAUGGAGGGCCCUGUUUGCUGGAUUGGUGGCUGGACCAUCGAUGCUUCUCACAGGGCCAAACACACAACACACGAGUUUGGCUGUGUACAUAUUUAUGCGUGCAGCGGUCCUUGCAUCGCGUUGUGGCAUUAAAAGUAAACGGUUUGGUUCCAUCUGCAAGCCGCUUACAUGGAAACAUGGGGACUUAUUUCUCAUGUGUCUCUCAUCGUCACAGAUUUUGUCCGCUUAUAUUUUAAAGCAAGAAAGCCUUCCUUCAUCGUACAAAUCUUUCCUUAACAAACAAGGUGGGAAGGAUCUUUCUAUCUUACAAGGCGUAAAAGAUAUUGCAAGCGCCAAACCAUUCACCAAUUUAGGGGCGAUUGAGAUAUAUUACAAGUCUAUUGGAGUUGAUAUCAAACUGGAUCCUAACAUGAAAUUCCCCUGUUCGAUAAUACAUGGAAAAGAUUCAUGUAUUAAGCAUGGUAUAACAUUUUUCUUUCAAGCUUACAUGAGGGCUCUACCCGUCUAUGUCCCUGUUUACUUGAUUCCAGCGCUCAUAGUCCAUCGGCAAGACCUGCUAAAAAAGCAAUACUCUAUACUUGGCAAGGGUCUUUUGGGCACGGCGAGAUCAAGUUUGUUUCUCUCUACGUACUGCUCUUCUGCCUGGGCUUGGACUUGCCUACUUUUCCGGACAUUUCAGACAUGCAACAUACCGCUCGUGGCCAUAGCAACGUUCCCAACAGGUCUGGCCUUAGCCAUUGAGAAGAAAAGCAGAAGGAUAGAAAUAUCACUAUACUGCUUAGCGAGGGCAAUAGAGAGCUUCUUCACUUGCAUGACAGAUGCUGGAUACAUUAGACCACCCAAGAGCCUAAGAAGAGCGGAUGUGGUCGUGUUCAGCGUUUCGACAGCCAUUAUAAUGCACUGCUACGCGCAAGAAAGAGAGGUAUUUCGAUCGAAAUACUUGAACGUUCUAGAUUGGGUGUUCGGCGUUCCUCCUCCUCCUCCUUGUGAAACAACCUAG